GAUGAAUGUCGCCAAGACAUUUGCGAAUGACAAAUUCCACAUCGCACAUCUGCAUUCCUUCUGUUUUACUCUUCGUUCUCGCUUCAUUCUAGUCCCCAACCAAUCCCUCUUUUUCCCUCACCUUAUCUUCUCUUUUCUUAUCUUCAUUUUAUUUUUAGUUCUCUUUGCCCGUUCUCUUUACCUUUCUCUCUUGCACUCUAACACGGGCCUCCUCCGACCCUCCCUUCUCCUCUCCUCGGGAUCCACUGUUGAUUUUACGCCACUGGGCGAUCAGUCACCGUUCAGGUGCUAGAGCGAGGGUAUACACACUAGCGGACGAUGGAUGGAUAAGGACGGGAUGUAGUUGUCGCGGGAGUGGGCAGGAAACGGCUCGGCUCGGACUAUGUAAGACGAUGAGGCGGCGGUCGAGGGGUCCGAUCGAGCCGAGUUCUCGUCGAGUCAAGACCGGAGUAGAUAGUGUUUGACCGGCCGUCGCGGCGCGUGGAUUUCCCUCGCUCGGUUCGCUUCGAGCGUGAGAAUCGUCCGUUCGUCAAUUCCUAGGUCGACGAUUCUUGGCCGUGCGUUUUGGAAAAGCACGUGGGAAAAGAUCGAGGGAACGGGGAGCGUGAGAUGACAAGACUUAUCAUUGACAGGGGAGGCGCGAAGGAGAGAGGUGGUGAAGUGGUGACGAGAUAAUCGGAGAUAGUGCAGUUGCAAAGUUCUUUAGCAAGGGACAUAUCAACAGAUUGAAGUUAUUUCCAUCGAGAUACGAAUCUUGAUCGCACCGUUAUCAUCGGUAAUCUUGAAACGAUGUCUGAUAUGGAGGAGGACACGACGACGUCCAGCGUCCUCCUCAUGUCGAAGAUUGGCGCCAUGGUUGGUCUCGGUUUCGGUUCCCUCGUGCUAGGAACCCUGCCAUUGAUAGUGGGACGUUACAGGGCGAAGAAAAGACUUCGGAAACACUCCCGGCCGAUCUCCUCUGAUCGUUCCAGCACGUCAACAUCGGCAUCUUUGCCGGGCGUUGACUCGGCCGCCUCGGCCGCGGACAAGCAAGGUCUUUUGACAUCGUUGUUGCUUUGCUUCGGCGGCGGAGUGCUUCUGUUCACGACGUUCCUGCAUCUGGCGCCGGAAGUGCGCGAAAGCGUCGAGAGGUAUCAAUCGAACGGUCAGCUGCCGACUCUGGGCACCCUCGGCUUGGCAGAGUUGCUCUUCUGCGGUGGCUUCUUCCUCGUCUACCUGGUCGAGGAGGCGGUGCACGCCGUCCUCACUGGUAAACCCGAAUCUUCGGAGACGCUGCUCUAUCGGACCGUAUCGGUGCGCAGAUGCAACAAUAAUCAGACGGGCCCGUCGGCCAUGAGUGACUCGACCACCACCGUAUCCACGACAAGAUCUGCGUGGAAGGAUCAGGAUGAUCACGAGGACAAGGAGAACCGGACGAGCUUGGAACGAUCCAAGAUCCAGCUCGAUGAAUUGCGCAAUCAUGUGGUCAAGGACGACAAGGUCCUGCCCGCUAUAUUCGUCCUGUCCCCCGCGUUAUCGAGCGAAAGACGUCAGGUCGUCGAGAGACAUUCCGAUCCAGAACUGGCGAUGUCGGAAUUGAAUUACCCGUCAAUCAGGCAUCAUCAUCAUCAUCAUCAUCAUAAUAAUCAUCAUGAUCACAAUCACCACCAUCAUCAUCAUCAUCAUCAACAUGGCACGACGACGCAAAAUACUUCGGUGCAAGGUCUACUCACCGUGCUCGCGUUGUCCUUCCACGCGAUAUUCGAGGGCCUGGCGGUAGGUCUAGAGCCGUCCAUCAGCUCGGUCGUCUAUCUAGCGGCUGCCAUCGCCACUCACAAACUGGUCAUCUCUUUCUGCGUCGGGAUGGAGCUCUACGUGGCUGGCGCGUCGACGCGAGCCACCCUCGGAUAUCUGUCCAUCUUCUCCAUGGUGACGCCGAUUGGGAUCGGGAUCGGACUAGCGCUCAGCCAUUUCAAGAACGACAGUGAAAAUUUGGGACCUACGCCAACCAUACUGCAGGGCAUGGCGGCCGGCACCCUGCUUUACGUGGUGUUCUUCGAAGUGCUGGCGCGCGAGAGGGCGAACGAGAAAAGCGGCCUGUUGCAGUUGGUUGCGAUCAUCGUCGGCUUCGCGCUAAUGCUGGGCCUGCAGAUCGCGACCGCUCAUUCGCACAGCCACGAUCACGGUCACGGACACUCUCACGCGGAGGAGGUGGAGGACCACGAUCACGAUCACGAUCACGAUCAUGAGCAAGAUCACAAGCAUCGCGUCGUAGCGGAGGCGAUCGACAAAGUGACCGAUAGCAUCGCCGAGGUUGUCUCCAACGCACUCACAUCCUCGACGACGACGAUACGGCCGAGGGAUAUCAAUGAGACCAGUACGUUGCAUCCUCAUCACAGUUAGGAGUCGACCUGCAUUUCUGCGAGUUCCAUGCUCACGAUUGGAUCCUCUUCGGCAAGAGAUUCAGCGCAUCGAGGUUCCCUCGAAGAAGAUCUCGACGGAUCACGAUGCUGUCUCUGCCAAGGAGAGAGAGAGAGAGAGAGAGAGACGUUUCUCAUCUAUUUCUUCCAUCCAUUUCGACAAAAUGGAAAUGAAACAGAGAGAGAAAACGAAACGGAGCCGGAGAAAUGAUACAUCUUUUUACGUGCGUGAAUCUACAUGCCGAUUGUGAUUGAUUCCGUUCCGAAUGUGACGCGAUAACGGAAGAUUCGUUUUGUAUUAUGUUGUACGUAAUAUACAUUCGAUAAGAGAGAGGUUUUUUUUACCGCUGCCCCGAUCGCGGAUACUGUACGUUGAAGAAAAAAAAAAAGAAAGAAAGAAAGAAAAAAACGUUAUGGAUUCCUGACGUAUUUCGACAUUGACUUCCGAAGUUUCUCGUUCAAAGAUUUGCAAUGGGAAAAGACUCACGUACAUGUACAUAUCUGUAUCUGUUCCGACCUCGGUGCAACAGUUAUUCUUCGUGUACUUUUUUAAAUAUAAUAAUAGAUAAGUGUUUAAUUAUGUACAUUGUUUAAGUGCCUUUAACGAAACUUUUCACGCAAGUGCUGAAAGUAUUUAUUAAUAAUAUCGGACAGAGCGUUUUAGCGUUUAAACAUUUUCUCUUUAAUGAAAUAAAAAAAAAAAAAUAAGUAAAGAAAGAAAAAUACGGACGUGAACUUGUCACGAGCAAGUCCAUUAGUUUCCUAAUUAUUCGACGGAACCAAAUGCGUCGUAUUUGUAUAAGAAAUUUAAUAAAUUAUAGCAAUAUUUUUUUA